UGUUGCCCGUCUGCGAUGAUAGCUGAAGUGGUGUUUUUCUCCACUGUAAUAAUCAGAGACUGUGUUUAUUCACUGUAAGAUGAGCUGCUCGCUGCAGACGCAGAUCUGCUCCAUCUUGGAGGUGCUGCUGAAAUCGGCUGCGGCGCAAAUCGGGCAGUUGCUGCAGGAGGAAGCGGCAGCGGUGCAGAUGGAGAUCCGCCAGAGGAACGAGGAGAUCCGCAGCCUGAAGAGCCGCCUGUGGAGCUGCGAGAGCCGGCUGGAGAGACUGACCGCUGCUCGCUGUUCUGUCGGCGUACAAGUGCACAUCACCGACCCCGGUGUGACGGCUCACGAUCAGGAGACGCUCAUGUUGACCAGUCCAAUGAUGAACGUCGUUUCAGAGGAGAAACCUCUUAUUUCUGAUGCACCGGAGCUCCAAUUACAGCCUCUUAAACGAGAAGAUCCUGCGAGUCGAGCAGCUCCACAUGCAGAAGAGGAAGAAGAAGAGGAAGAACUCAGCGGUCUGGAGCUCCAGAUGAAGAUCGAGCAGGUGGAGGAGUUUGUAGACCGGAAACUCAGCAUUCAUGAUGGAAACUCUCAGAUUUGGAGCUCGCAGAAAGAUUUCGAGCAUCAUCAGAGUCUAGCGGAGCCCGAGUCACAUGCACAGAGCUUUCCAGACACGUAUGCUAUGAUGAUGGAGGAUUCUGGGGCUUCAUCUGCUUUAGUUCAGGAGGACGACAGGAAUAAUGACUGUGAUUUUAAUCUCCUUCAGUCUCACGGACACAGCAGCGUAUCGGACGCAUUCUCACUCUCAGCAUCACAUCCGCCUAAAACACACACACAGAGUCUGCAGCAAGGUGUGACGGCUCACGAUCAGGAGACGCUCAUGUUGACCAGUCCAAUGAUGAACGUCGUUUCAGAGGAGAAACCUCUUAUUUCUGAUGCACCGGAGCUCCAAUUACAGCCUCUUAAACGAGAAGAUCCUGCGAGUCGAGCAGCUCCACAUGCAGAAGAGGAAGAAGAAGAGGAAGAACUCAGCGGUCUGGAGCUCCAGAUGAAGAUCGAGCAGGUGGAGGAGUUUGUAGACCGGAAACUCAGCAUUCAUGAUGGAAACUCUCAGAUUUGGAGCUCGCAGAAAGAUUUCGAGCAUCAUCAGAGUCUAGCGGAGCCCGAGUCACAUGCACAGAGCUUUCCAGACACGUAUGCUAUGAUGAUGGAGGAUUCUGGCGCUUCAUCUGCUUUAGUUCAGGAGGACGACAGGAAUAAUGACUGUGAUUUUAAUCUCCUUCAGUCUCACGGACACAGCAGCGUAUCGGAUGCAUUCUCACUCUCAGCAUCACAUCCGCCUAAAACACACACACAGAGUCUGCAGCAAGGAGAGGAUCCGCGGCUGCAGACAGGCCUCAAACCGUUCCGCUGUGAGGAGUGUGGGAAGAGCUUCAUGCAGCGCACCAAACUGAUCACACACGGACGCGUGCACACCGGAGAAAAGCCCUUCCACUGCCGGUUCUGUGGGAAAAUGUUCUCCAGGCAGGACAACUGUUUGCGGCACAUGCGCUUACACGGCGGACAGAGCUCGCAGGCACGUAACACUGGACAGAGGGGUACUGCACAAAACAAAGGGAUUAAGGCCUGUACACACCAAGCACGAUAGCAAUAAAUAUAAUGCAAAAAAUCUUACAAUUCUUAGAAGCAUUUUCCAGUAAAAAUAUAGUCUUAUUUUCAGAAAUGAGCUAAUAUUAAGUGAGUCUUUUCCAACGUGCACAUGAAAUCAAAACUAACCAUAUUAUUGUAGUUAGCUCACAUUGCUAGUUUUCUGGAAAACAAUUCAUCUGUGCAUGUCAUUGAGAAAAAUGAAAUAGUUUUGCUUGGUAAUUUACAAGUGAAAUAUGAAGAUGCACUUCUGGUUUGUUUCCCGUUAAAUUCUCAGAUUAGGUCUGUCUGAGGUAUUGGGCGUGGCUAACAUGCUUAACCACACCCCCUCCAGCUAUUUUUAGGUUAUGCUUUUCAUUCCCUCUUGUAACCAGCAGAUGUCCUCAGUGUGCGACUAGUGCAAUUUAAGUCAAUCCAGCUUGUUUUAUUCAUUACAAACAAUUUAUUCAAGCCGAUAAUAUCCAGCUGCAGGCCCGCAGAGCCACACACUCUUCAGGCACACACAAUCCAGCACACACGAUCUAGGCAAACCAUAUAUGGUUACGACGGAUGUUUAUGUUAUUAACGUCUUCUCGGACAUCGUCAUCAAUAUAAUUUUAUAUAUAUUGUUAAUAAAUAUGGUACACAAUAAACAAUAGUGUUUACUAUUUCACAAAUAUUACGAUCGAGACGGGGAGCGUUGUUUCAGAUCGCCAUUUGGUAUAAUAGACUAAACCGUGUUCUAUCAGUCAUCAUAGAUGAUCAGUCAUUAUUAUCUGACAGAGAUAGUCAGUUGCUGGCAUUGAUGAACGAUCUUAAUUGGACAGGGUUAAUUUAUUUAAUAGAUUCAUUUAUCAUGAAGCACAUAAUAGCAAGUUAAUAUAGGCAAGAAUACAUCUUUAUAUGUUAUGAAAAUCUUUUUACAUGUAAUAAAUGGAUAAUAAAUAUUAAUGUUUUACUCAAGCGAUUUAAUAGUGAUUAUUAUUAUUAUUAAUAUUAUUAAGCUUAAUUUUCCUAUAACUGUGAUUUCCCACAUUAAAUACUAUAGUAAUUUAUAGUAUGCAAUAUAUUGUUUUUAAACCAUAAAGUACUGGAAAUUUGUUGUAAUUA